CAUCUAGUCUGGCCAGCGCCUGGGCUUAUCAGCCUGCCUGCUUUUAACCAACAGGGCCCAUUCGAUGUCCUUGGUGCCCGACAAUAUGUCUGUCGCAGAGACUGACACUGACUCGACAGAAACUCUACACGUCUCACCGGGGCCUGGACUUGGAGGAGGGACAACCAGCCUCGUCGAGCUCGUGGACGCUGGUGCCCCGUUCAACAGGCCUGACGCCGACGUCAUCCUGCGGGCGUCCGACAGUGUCGACUUCCGCUUCUACAAGUUCCUCCUGCUCCUCGCCUCCCCUUUCUUUAUGAACAUGUUCUCCCUCCCACAGCCCAAGGCUCAUGACGUCGCCGCGGAUGAGACAAAGUACGGCUGCCCCAUCAUACCCGUCACCGAGCGCAGUGAGGUCAUCCGCAAGCUGCUAGGUUUCUGCUCGCCCGUGUACGACACGCACAUGCCCGCGCUCGAGAACCUCGACAUCGUCACCAGCCUGCUCGACGCAGCGGACAAGUACGACAUGAAACGCGUCGGCACGUUCAUCGUCGGCAUGCUCACUGCGCCGCGCUUCCUUGAGGCCGAACCUCUGCGCGUCUUCGCGAUCGCGUGCAGAUACAGAGCGGAGAAAGAGACGUCGAUUGCGGCAAAGUACUUGCUGCGUUAUGCCAUUGCAGAGAUAGAAUACACCCCGGAACUCGACUGUAUAUCGGGCGGGGACUACCACAGCCUGGUCAAGUACCACACGACCUGCGGGCAGGCCAUGAACCAGAUCUCGCGCCACUGGUCGCUCCUUCCGCUCCCUCCGUUAGACUGCAAGGUGUGCAGGAAGAAAGGCAUUUCCAAGAUAAGCACCAAGGAGUACCAGGACGCUGUCGUUUACGCACUCUCAUUCCGGCCGUGCGCCGAGACACUUCUCAACAGCGAUUGGUUGGACGCCAUGUUGAAGAAGGCGGGCAGCUGUCCGAACUGCCGUGAGCGGGUGCCACAGAGGAUGGCGGUGUUUGUCAAGGACUUGACUAUCCUUGUCGAUGAAAUCGUAGCGGACGUCCCGUUGGGAAUCAACUUUCACUAGGGCUCGUUGAGGAGCUCGCGUUUCCGUCAUUGCACUGACUCAUCGUCACCUCCACUCUUCCAUCACGAAUUUAUCGCUAUCCUCCAAGGACGAUAACGGUUACCACCCUGUUUAUCUUGUCUAAUACGUUAAUAUGGAUGUACUCAGUCAUGCAUGUAUCGCUACUUACCUAUGUUCUUGCUUAUGGACUUUCGCUAUCGUCAUCUUGUCUAUGUUCGCCCUGUUAUAAAUAGC